GCUUGUACUUUUUUUUGUUUUACUUUUUCCUAUUUUUAACAUUCUUCCUUUAAAGAGUAAAAUAAAACAAUGAGCAGAUUACCAGUUGUAGUCAUGGAUAACGGUACAGGGUACACUAAACUCGGUUUUAGUGGAAACAAUGAGCCAUCUUUUGUUUUCCCAACUGCUAUUUCAACACGAGAAUCGCCUUCAACUUCAGGUAGACCCGGAGUACCUAGCAAACCUUCUUUUCUGAGCAACAAUUUAGCUUCCAAGCGAGGUAUUGAAGACCUUGAUUUUUAUAUUGGUGAUGAAGCACUUGCUCAAGCAAAGACGAUGGCUUUAAAUUACCCUAUUCGUCAUGGUCAAAUUAAUAACUGGGAUCAUAUGGAAAGAUUUUGGGAACAGUCCAUCUUCAAAUACUUGCGUUGUGAGCCUGAAGACCAUCAUUUCCUCUUGACUGAACCACCAAUGAAUUCCCCAGAAAACCGUGAAAUGACAGCAGAAAUUAUGUUUGAGUCCUUCAAUGUGCAAGGUCUUUACAUUGCUGUUCAAGCCGUAUUAGCCUUGGCUGCUUCUUGGACCUCCAGUAAAGUCAGUGAGCAAACCUUAACCGGUACUGUAGUUGAUUCCGGAGAUGGUGUUACUCAUGUCAUCCCCGUUGCUGAAGGUUAUGUCAUUGCCAGUUCCAUCAAGAGUGUACCUAUUGCCGGUAGCGAUAUUACCUCAUUUGUUCAAAACUUACUUCGUGAACGUGGCGAGACAAAUAUCCCUCCCGAGGACUCAUUCCGUAUUGCUCAAGCCAUCAAGGAAGAUUACAGUUAUGUUUGUCCUGAUAUUGUCAAGGAGUUCAAGAAAUAUGAACAAGAACCCCAAAAAUAUUUCAAGAAAUACGAUGGUGUUCAUUCAUUGACCGGCAAGGAUUAUUCUGUUGAUAUUGGAUUCGAACGUUUCCUUGCACCCGAAAUCUUUUUCAACCCAGAAAUUGCCAGUUCUGAUUUCUUGACACCUUUACCCGAGAUUGUUGAUACAGUAAUUCAAACCAGUCCUAUCGAUGUUCGUAGAGGUUUAUAUAAAAACAUUGUAUUAUCCGGUGGAUCUACCAUGUUUAAGGGAUUCGAUAAGAGACUUCAACGUGAUAUUAAGCGCACCGUCGAUCGUCGUAUUCAACUUUCUGAGUCAACAAGUGGUUCUGAAAUGAAGGCAACACCUAUGGAGGUCAACGUCAUCUCUCACAAAAAGCAACGUCACGCUGUUUGGUUUGGUGGAAGUUUAUUAGCAUCUACUGGCGAAUUCUAUAAUUCUUGUCAUACAAAAGCUGAAUAUGAUGAAUACGGACCUAGCAUAUGUCGUCAUAACAGAGUCUUUGCAAGUCUCUUGUAAAAACAGAGGAGGGAUGGAAAAGUUUAUCAGCUAUUUUUUUUUUUUUUUUUUUUGAAAUUAUAAUAAAAAAGUAAUUCUCCAUGACAUUGAGCUUGUAGUGGCAAUUUUUAAAUUACCUAUGACGCGUGUGUUACGGGGAAUGCUAAAUCAUCAG